AUGCAAUCAACUAUAUUUCGGUUGAGAAAAGAUUGUCUUAAUCAAGCCAGGAACAUCUUACUUGCAUCCCAAGAGGAAAAAAUAGAUGCGAACAAGGAUAUGAAGCCAAUAAUUAUCAAUCACUUAAAUCCUACAUCAACAUACUCAACAUUGAUUAUUGAGGUUGGAAGAAUUGAGACUAUUCCUAGCUUGCAUGGUCUUUCAACAGGUAAUGCUCACACUAUAUUACCUACGUACAAAUCAAAUAAUACAGUGCCAGAUAUCAUAUCUUUUGGCACUGCACCUCUCCAUUAUAAUACAAUAGAUUUUCUUACAAAUUCUGUUGGUAUUCCAAUUGCUAACAUUACUGGCUUCAGGUUCUCAACAACUGCUUACAAUGCUUCCGGUAUUCCAAAUUAUCAAUUGCAUAUUCCUGCCAUUGAACUUUUUAAUGGUUCUCUUAGUGGCAUUCCAGCUGGAACAAUUAAUGGAUUUUACUUGAAUUUAUGGGAAUUACAAA